AUGGGGAAGUCAGAAUUUCUUACCCCCAAGGCCAUCGCCAACAGAAUCAAGUCCAAGGGGCUUCAGAAGCUGCGCUGGUAUUGCCAGAUGUGCCAGAAGCAGUGCCGGGACGAGAAUGGCUUUAAGUGUCCCUGUAUGUCUGAAUCUCAUCAGAGACAACUAUUGCUGGCUUCAGAAAAUCCUCAGCAGUUUAUGGAUUAUUUUUCAGAGGAAUUCCGAAAUGACUUUCUGGAACUUCUCAGGAGAUGCUUUGGCAAUAAGCGAGUGCACAACAACAUUGUAUAUGAUGAAUAUAUCAGCCAUCGAGAGCACACCCAUAUGAAUGCUACUCAGCGGGAAACGACUGAUUUUACUAAGUGGUCAGACAGAGAAGGCUUGUGCAAAGUGGAUGAGACACCAAAAGGAUGGUAUAUCCAGUACAUAGAUAGGGACCCAGAAACUAUCCACCGACAAUUGGAACUAGAGAAAAAGAAGAAACAGGACCUUGAUGAUGAAGAAAAUACUCACAAAUUUAUUGAAGAGCAAAUGAGAAGAGGUCUUGAAGGAAAAGAACAGGAGGCCCCCAUUUUUACAGAAUUAAGUAGAGAAAAUGAUGAAGAAAAAGUUACAUUUAACUUGAAUAAAGGAGCAUGCAGUUCAGCGGCAGCAUCUUCCAAAUCAAGUUCUUUGGGACCAAAUGCAUUGAAGACGAUGGGGUCUGCAGCAUCAGUGAAACGAAAAGAAUCUUCUCAUAGUUCAGCACAGUCAAAAGAGAGGAAGAAAAAGAAAUCUGCACUUGAUGAAAUCUUGGAGACUGAAGAGGAAAAGAAAAGAACUGCCAGAACAGACUAUUGGCUACAGCCUGAAAUUAUUGUGAAAACUGUGACCAAAAAACUUGGAGAGAAAUAUCAUAAGAAAAAGGGUAUUGUUAAGGAAGUAAUUGACAAAUAUACGGCUGUUGUAAAGAUGAUUGAUUCUGGAGACAAGCUGAAACUUGACCAGACUCAUUUAGAAACAGUAAUACCAGCACCAGGAAAAAGAAUUCUAGUUCUAAAUGGGGGCUGCAGAGGAAAUGAAGGUACUCUAGUAUCCAUCAAUGAGAAGACUUUUUCAGCUACUAUAGUCAUUGAAACUGGCCCUUUAAAAGGACGCCGAGUUGAAGGAAUUCAGUAUGAAGACAUUUCUAAACUUGCCUGAGUUUGAAAAUUUGUUCACAACACAUUAAAAUUCCAAAGCAUCAAAUUGGUGUUCUCUAAGGCAUUAUCAGACUCU